AUGUCAUCCAACGACAGCUCGCAAAUACGUCGCCAAAUUGGAUUCUUCCAGAAGCAGUUAAAAAAUACGAAUCAUCAAUCACAGCUACAUUUAAGGAGUACCGAAAUCGAACAACACGACUUCCGCCAUCUGGACAACGAUGAACUCGAGUCGUUUCGCAAUGAGAUCGUCCCGUUAAGAAGAAGCUUUCUGAAAGCUUAUCAGAAAAUAACGAAACUACAUGAUGAAUGGGUCACGCUCCAAGAUUCCAAAGAAGGUGAACAAGCAAUUUUCGAUGACUAUAUAUCCAAAUAUGGUGACUAUCGUGAAUCAAUUACUACUUCGGUGAAUCGCCUGGAAAGCCUCGACAGGUUGCUGAAUGCAAUCGAUCAAGAAUACUUUAAACGGAACUUGAAUGUUCCUUCCGAUAUCUCUAAGGCUACCUCACUGGAUGAAUAUGGUAACGAACCAGCAUCAACAAAAGGACCCACCCUGCAUCGUGGUAGUCAACCGCCGCCGUCACGUCAUCCCCCAGCUCCACAAUUUUCGACAGACUCUUCCUUGCUCAACUUCGUCGACGCCUCCAUAAUAACCAAAAUGGAACUCCCUACAUUCGAUGGCAACCUCCUCGACUACCCUGAGUUUGCAUCACGGUUCGCCACACUGGUCGGCAACAAAACUCAGUUGGACAACACAACUAAACUCUCUCUGCUCAAGUCAUGCUUACGAGGCCGUGCACUGCAAUCAAUUCAAGGACUGUCGAUGAUGCCAGAAAACUACGCAAUCGCCAUGGAUAUACUACGAACGCACUACGACGACAAAGUUACGAUGAAGCACAUCCUCUACACCAAACUGGCACAGCUCCCCGACUGCGAUCCUAAAGGACGUCAACUUCAAACACUGUACAAUCGCAUGUUUGCUCUCAUUCGACAAUUUUCUGACAACAAGGAUGACUCCAACAAGACGGCUUUAGGAGCAAUCUUACUCAACAAACUACCUGCAAGAGUGAAGAGCAGAAUAUAUGAUAUGACAUCAAAUUCUCACAACCUCUCGCCGAGUGAACUGUUGCGCCUGCUCACUGAAAUUGUACGCAAGGAUGCAAUUCUAUCCGAAAUGAACUAUCAUUCCAGGCCACAACAACCGCAACAGGACCAGUAUGGAAGUUUUCAUAUUACUAUGAAGCCGAAAAGUCAACGCCAACUCACGUCACCACGUUCCAGGCCAAGAAUUAAGCCGUGCCCGUACUGCAAUAAUAGCUACCAUUCACCUAUUUCUUGUGAUUUAUAUUCAACUCCUCAUCAAAGAAGCCUACGAGUGAAAGAACUACGCCACUGCUUCAAUUGCUUAUCCAAUCAACAUCCUACGAGGGACUGCCGAUCCAGUAGCAAGCGUCAUCGUUCGUCAUUGUGCUUCUCUCGAGGACAACCUUCACGUCAAAAUAUAAUUUCUACACGCGGAACAACUCAUAACUCCUACUCAAAACGUAGCCAACCUCAUCAACAAAGUGUACACGUUGUCGAGACAACUCAAAAUGGAACAAGGGAUCUCAAUCACAAAAGUCCUGAGACUGCUACUGCCGCGUGCUCAUUUGCCGUUCCACCGAAAUCAAAACAUGAACGUUCCCCACAGACCACACUCCGGUGCACUCCGGUACUCCUUUUUAAUCCUUCUCGUCCUUCUCUAGAAACUACAAUGACAGUACUGACUCCGGUUCCAGCCAAUCAUAUAUUACAAAAGAUUUGGCCGAAUUUCUCCUGCUUUCUAUCUUAUCAACUCAAGACAUAUCCAUGUCAACCCUUGGGACCACCACUCCUCUUCAACUUACCUCAGGUGACAAUGUUAUUGGCAUCCUUGUGGAAAACGGAGAAAAGUAUAAUAUUCUGA